AUGUCGGACUAUCUUCCUCAGGAAGUAUGGGCCAACGUUUUCCUCCGGCUACCCGUCAAGACGCUCAUCGGAAUCCGGUCGGUCUGUAAGUAUUUCGACUACAUCAUCCGCAGCCCCUCUUUCAUUUCCGACCACCUCGCAAUCUCCAAGCAAAAUCAAAUCCCUCUCGUUCGAUACCUUAGGGGAAGAGAAAAAUCCAAGCGAAAAGAGCACUACGCGCUCAUACCCAAUAACCUCGAAUACCUCGAAGACAUUCGAGAAAUCGAUUUCCCAUUUAGGUCGGAAUGCUACAAACAUUUCAAGGUAAUCGGAGCCAGCAACGGGUUGAUCUGUUUGUCCGAUGAGGGUUACCGUCGCGCUCGUGGGAUUAUACUCUGGAACCCGUCAAUCAAAAGGUACUUAACCCUCCCCAAACCUCAAUUGUCUCUCAAAUCCCUCAAGGUGUUUAAUUUCUCGUAUGUGGUCGCUUUCGGGUAUGACUGCGGGUCAGACGACUACAAGGUGUUGAGGAUUACAUAUGUGGUUGGAAUCAGAAGCGGGAAAAAGCGGCGUGUUGACCCGCCUAAGCCGGGUCCUGUGUUUGAGAUAUACACGGUUAAGUCGGGGUCUUGGAGGAAUUUAAAUAUAGAUGAGCGACCUUUUCCUUAUUGGUUGGAUGAUGCCAAUCAGGCUUUCGUGUGGGGAUGCUUGCAUUGGCUGAACGGGUCAUCUUCAAUUGGUUGUUUUGAUUUGAGAAAUGAGGUGUUUAAUGACGGGAUAGGCUUACCCGAGGGUGUAAACGGGUGGCAUUCUCACUUGGCUGUGCUCGGGGAAAAGCUUGCCCUUGUAGAGGACCACACCCCGGUCAAGGGGAUCGCUGAUGUGUGGGCCAUGGAGGAGUAUGGGGAGGUGGGGUCGUGGAGGAAGCUGUACCAUGUGGAUACGAUGCCGGGAUAUUUCUUGUUCGUGGGGUUCACGGACAAUGGGAGCAUAAUGGGCACCAUAGACCGUAACAAGCUUUACUGUUAUGAUCCGGGCCAGGAUUUCUUGAACAAUCUGUGCACUCGUGGGGCCGUGGGCUCGUUCCACGUGGAGAUGUAUAUGGAGAGUCUGGUUCUGGUUGAUGGUAGGAGUGCGGUUCCCAGGUCGGAGUCUAUUACCUUGGAAGGUGAAGAUUGGUGA